GGCCGCCACCCGCCCGGCGGAGCGGAGCGGAGCAGCCGCGGGAGGAGCGGGGCGCGGGCGGAGCGGAGUGCGGCGGCUGCCGCUGCCUGGAUGCCAGAAGCGCCUCUGGAGCCAGCGGCCGGCGGCACCUGGGAGGGCCCGGGAGAGGAGGAGGAGGAGGCGACGGCGGCGGAGGAGGAGGACUCCGGGCGCGGAGGGGAGGAAGCAGGCAGCGUUUGCCAUGGCCUCCAACUUUAACGAUAUAGUCAAGCAGGGCUACGUAAAAAUCCGCAGCAGGAAGCUGGGGAUUUUUAGGCGUUGUUGGCUGGUUUUCAAGAAGGCUUCCAGUAAAGGACCCAGGAGGCUAGAAAAAUUUCCAGAUGAGAAGGCAGCAUAUUUCAGGAACUUCCACAAGGUAACUGAGCUGCACAAUAUCAAAAACAUAACCAGAUUGCCUCGAGAGACAAAGAAGCAUGCAGUGGCAAUUAUCUUUCACGAUGAGACAUCAAAGACAUUUGCGUGUGAGUCAGAACUAGAGGCAGAGGAGUGGUGCAAGCAUCUUUGCAUGGAAUGUCUAGGAGCCAGGCUCAAUGAUAUAAGUCUUGGGGAACCAGAUUUGCUUGCUGCUGGAGUCCAGAGAGAACAAAACGAACGAUUCAAUGUAUACCUUAUGCCUACACCAAAUUUAGAUAUCUAUGGGGAAUGUACAAUGCAGAUCACACAUGAAAACAUCUAUCUCUGGGACAUCCACAAUGCCAAGGUCAAGCUGGUCAUGUGGCCUCUGAGCUCUUUGAGGAGAUAUGGACGUGACUCAACAUGGUUUACAUUCGAAUCUGGAAGGAUGUGUGACACAGGAGAAGGGCUGUUCACAUUUCAAACACGCGAAGGAGAAAUGAUAUAUCAGAAGGUCCAUUCUGCAACACUGGCAAUAGCUGAGCAGCAUGAAAGAUUAAUGAUGGAAAUGGAGCAGAAGGCAAGGCUCCAGACCAGUCUGUCUGAACCAAUGACUUUAUCCAAGUCGAUCUCACUUCCUCGUAGUGCAUAUUGGCAUCACAUCACCCGGCAGAACAGCGUUGGAGAAAUCUACAGUUUACAAGGUCACAACCUCGGCUCAGCAAAGGUGUCCCGGGCGCAGACAUUCCCCAGCUACCCAUCGGAGCAGGGCGAGGAGAACCAGCAGCCGCUGUCGCUGGCCAGCAGCUACACCUUCAGCUACGGCUCGGGGCUGGUGCAAUGACAGCCGGGGGCAGCCGGCCCACACGGACAGCUGAGCCUGGAGCCUCCCGCCAGGACCGGGGAGCCGCUGGCCCCCUCUGCACCCACCAUUUGCCGUGAAAACUGAUGCCUACCAGCUCCAGCCGGGGUGCCGCCGAUGCGGAAACCUGGAGAGGCGGCUUCCCCAAAGCAGAGGCUAAGUCUUUAUUUAUUUAUUUUGCCGUUCCUUUUGUUGAUAUGUUCAGAAAGGAGGGGGUUGGGGGGUUGGGGGGAGGGAGGAAGGGGGACACAUCUGUGUUGUAAGAAAGUGGUGGAAACAAAUGAAACUGUGUUGGUUGGUGUGAAGGUUUCUGCAUGACCGGAAAAGGUCCCUUCUGGGGCUCCAUUGCAAUGGCGCGUUUGACGCUGGGGCCUUCCUUCCCGCCCCGACCAGCAGGACAGCCUGUCUUCACCUGCAACUUCUGUAGGUCCUUGCCACAGCCUACAAUUCCUGCUGGAGGCACUGAAAUGUCACCUACUUGAGAUUUGGCAUCAGUGCUGCAGGGGUCACCUCCAGAUCCAAGUGGGCUCACUCACUGCCCUAGAGGGUAGUUGGGUGUUCUUUGGGCCAGACACCAACAAAUACUGGAGUAGCAGGCUGAUAUGCUUUGUUGGGAAUAGGUUUUGGUGCAUCAAGGUAAGGUUAUUACGUGGUCCAGCUCUAAUCUUAAAUUGCUGGGGCACAAAUUCAUCCCUUACAUGUGCAAUUUUCACCAUGCCCCUAAGAGCUGUGAACAUCCCUAUCAGCAGCACAGUCUUGUCCUUAGAACUGCUGCAAAGUCUUCUCGUUCGCAAAUUAUUUAGGUAACCAUGCCUGCAAGCCUAACUUUAAAAAGCGGGAAAACUGUUCUUCAAACAAAAAAAAAAUGGCCCAUUUGCCCAGCUGGCAACUGCCAGUGCCAUAGCUGGGCCAGACAUGGUAGAGCUGAGCUCUGGUCUUGUCUUUCUGGUCAGCGUUACUUUGAUUUUCUGUGUUUCCUUCUCAGAUUUCUGUUCUAGAUGCACAUUGUAUCUUGUAUGAUCAUGUGUCAAGCAUCUGUUUGCUCUCAAAAGGAGGAUGAGUACCUCUCAAUGGAAAUUUUCUGUCUUUGGAAGACGUCUUUUAAAAAGGAACUGUAGUAGUUGUUUGUAAUCAGUAAGGAGGGAAUAAGUUGGAAGGCAUACCUGUAGGUGGGGAAUGAAUUUUAUCUAUCCUGAACAUUUGGAUUUUUGUAACUGUUAUCAAAUAUUUAUGUACUCCUUGUGAUGCCCUGAAUUGUUUGAAAUAGUGAGGAGAAAAUUUUGCCCUCUUGUAUGAUCUGAGGAGCUUUGUGUUCUGUUCCCAGAGUGAAACUAUGGCCAUGAUUACCAGAGGGAUUCAGUUCAUUGGUUGUUUCUCAGGACAGGUUGAAGAAAUGUACCAAGGAGGAGACACACAGACUCUUUUCCAAUUAAACAAUCGGUUUUAUGUACUAUAAUUUAACUGAAAAAGUGCUGUUGGGUUGUUUUAUAUAUGCACAUUAUAUAUAUAUGUAUUAAAAGGUAUGGAAGAAACUUCUGCUUUUGAUUAAACAUUUACUGAUACAAUAUGGUCAGCUUUUCUCCAACCAUUUUCCUGGCUAAGAGACCUUGCACACUUACAGCUUUCAGUGAACGGCUGCUGAAUAAAAAGCUUUGUGAUCCACUUGAAUGAAAGAGUUCUACCCCACCACAAUCACCUUUAUUUAUUUUUCCCGUUUUUCCUUGUCUCAUUCACUACCUCUUUUCCUUCUCACAGUGCUGCCAUACUCAGGAAUAGAAUGGCUCCCUACAGAGAGUAUUUUGAUGAGCUAAAAUGAAAAACUGCUCUCCCACGCUGUCAAGGCGCUGUACCUAUGGCGCUCUCAGAACUGUACCCAUCAAGGAAACUUCAUUCACACUUUCAUUUAAGAAAAAGAUUCAGUUGACAUUUUGCUUAGGGAAAAUUUCCGAUUUGCAAACUUUAAAUGCGAAAUUUGAUACAAAACGAUAAUGGUGUGAUUCUGUUACUCAGUGCAGCUUUGCCAAAUAUUUGCCUUUUGGAGAAAUGGUCAGUUAUUUUUAUUCCUUUGCAACUGGGAUUCUUUCACUUGCCCUAAAAUUAUAUAUAUUUUCUUUUAAACUCCUUAGAUUAAGUUUUCAAUAUGUUCUGCAGGUUUCAACACUGUGUUCAAGUAACUUCUUUCCUCUGUGACUUAAAUACUAGUCAUUUAAUAAUUACAUAUUCUACACAGCUCAAAAGUGGGGAAAAGGGAAAACAGGAGAAUAUGAUUUAUAGUUCCAGUGUCCAUAUACUUUAAGAACCUAUCUAAAUCCUCAACCUAGUACUUCGACUGUAUUUCUAUAAAAAGUGUAAGAUCUAUAUAAUGUUCUCUGUUUGUUUCCUGGGGAACAGUUGCUGUCUGUGGCUUUGUCUUCCUAUCAAGUACCUGAAUAUAGUCAAGUUAAUGAAAAUGUAGAUGCUAUUUUCAAAGAAAACACACCAAAAAAGGGGAUGGAAUGGGGCAUUAUAGCAGUCUUGGCUAUAUAUAUGGCCAUAUAUAGCAGUUUUACUAAAUAUUUUUUUUAUUGCAUAAUGCAACCAUCUUCUCAACUCAUACGUUUAUAAAAUACCUUUGUGGUCUCCUAUAAUACACAGAAAAUUGAACAAAGCUGCACAACACAAGCAAUCUAUAGCAAAUCUGACCUGUUGGGAGCUAUUUCUUGUAGAGACCAAACCCAAGCACACUCGAAUUUGAAAAUGAGGGUGCAACUUUACCAUGUACUGUAACACAGUCUAAGACAACUGGUAGCCUGAAGCACAAAAGUAUUCAGGAGCCAGUGGAUGCUGCCAUUAGUGCAACUCCAGAACAACAGAUGGUAUCACUGCAUCAUUGGCGUAUUCACACAGCUUCCACAAUGUUCCUCAAAAAAGCUCCUUGAGAACUAGGCAGACACUGUGACAACAGUUUGCCAGAAAAUUCUGCUUUCAUGGAAUUGUUUUAAUUCCUGGCAUAUGCCUGUUGAUAACCCAAGUGAUGGCCACUGAGACUACUUUGUAUAGCUCCUAGUGUUUCCACCAGAAAGAAAACUCUCUUUUGGAGCACAUGGUAGAGCUGCCUGCCUAGAGACUACAGCGGCCUUUAAAUAGACCCAGGGACCCCAUGGGACCCUGAUCCAGUCUCGGCUUUCUUCCUGUGCGAGGCACACAGACUACUCCUGACCCCAGAGUUGCUCCCUGUUUUCAGCUAAUGAGCUGUGAAGGGAUGGAGGGCAACAAAAUGUCUUCAGUGGUAACCAGGUGCAGCUGGUAGAAAUGGAACUUAGCAUUAGUAAAUGAUAAAAUAGAAGAAAUAAAAUAAAGCUUUUGCUUUUAUUUCUGUUUCGGAGGAUGUGAUAUGAAUCUAUAAUUGUAACCGUGAUUUACAUUUUUUUAAUCACCCUUUGAUAACAAUAUAUUCACCCCUAUGAACUAAUAACACAUGGAAUUACUAAUUAUAAUUGCUAAUAUAUCUUUACUGUGAAUAUUAUAGAUUGAUGCAUGCUGGUACUUUUGAUUUUGAAGUCACUUGGUGCAGAAAAGGUGAAAUUGAAAGAGACUGCUAAUAAAUCAUCAAAUGGUGCUAAGGAACUUGAAUAGUCCCAUUUUUUAAACUGACACAUGUCAUUAUUUGUAGUUUAAAUUGUCUAUGAGUACUCAUUUGAAACACUUUCAUCCGCCCAUGUAAAGGAAAAAGAAAGGAGAAUCUCUUGUAGCAGGGAGUUUGCUGUUUUACUGAGUAAAUAUUCAGACAUUACUUUUUGUGGCAGUCACGUGGUCACAUGUAUCAAGUUCUGUCCUUGGGAGGUUUUGAUGCAUUUGUUUUCUUCUUUUUUGGUUCCACAAAAGCUACAAGUCAAACUUGAAAAUGUAUUGACAAACCAAAGGAGUUUGUUGAGACAUUGACAAUAGCUGCUCUCUUUCGUUUUGUCAAAAGUCUACCGUGAUAUUUCGGGAAAAAUACUUCAUUCCAUAACACAUGUAUAGAAAUCCUGUUGGGAUGCAGAAUAUAAUCAAGUUUUGUUCCAAGUUAAUAAGACUUUGCUGGAAGAGGGGUUGAAAUUGAGUGUCUGAGGGCAAAAGUGUUUUAAAGUGCUCUCUAUAGCAAUAAUUUAAGUACAAAAUACAGCCUUCAGGCACCCAUUUAUUUAGAAGUUGCUAAGUGCAGGCAAUCUGUGACGACCCUUACCCGCUUACGGCAAAGAGAAAAAAAGGUCAAUCGUUAAUCAUAUCUAUGUACUGCAUUUGUCAGAAAAGGAAUUAACUUCAUGCUUGUUCAGCUUUCUAGUCUAAAAGGCAAUACUAUGAGGAGUAAGGUUUUUUGAGAUAUUUGAUCUCUAGGAACUGACAAAGAGCAUCAGCCUGUAGCAUAUAAACCUCUACUCAGACUUAGCUCACCAGCUACAUGUGCUAGUUUUCAUCUGGUAACCGAGAAACUGCAGGGUAGUUUUCCAUUAGAAAAUAUAACUCUCUUGAAUGGCUGUGCAUUUUAGCAUGAAAUAUAGAAUUAUUUACAAAAAACUAAAAAGGAAUGAGUAAUGAGUUCCAAUUAAUCUCUGCUUUAGUGUUUAAUAUCUCUGUAUUUUGGCUUUUUUUUUAUACCUGCUGCAAAGGAAUAAGUGUGGCUUUUAUCCACACACAGAAUGGAGUGAACAGUGAAAAAAGUGUGAAACACUGCUCUUUGAUUAUGAGAAUAGAUCCAACAGCACUGGAAAAUUUCAUUUUUCCAUACGUGAUUCAAAUACUUGUGAGUCUUUCCAAACACACUUAUUACACAAGAGGACAUAUUAGAAUUUUACAUUUUUAACCACAGAGAACUGGUCAAAAUGCCUGCCUAAGUUUUGUAAGUAGAAGAUAAUGACUGUGCAAACCACUGUAGUGACCUAACUUUAAAAUCAGAGGGCUGGAUAUAUGAAUUCUGCAGUUAUAACAUCUUGCACUACAUGAAGUGUGCUGUGUUUGUACUUGAUAGUAUAAAUAAAUGCUCUUCACUUUUUAUUUUAGAUAAAAAGGUGAGGUAUAUUGGAAACAAGGAUAAGCUUAUGGUGGAAUGAAAGAAACCACAAAGAAUAUUUACUCCCUUGUUGAAACAAGAAGUUUGUCUCCCUGUCCAGGUCCUUAAAAGACAGUAAAAGGUGAUGGGUGAAGGUCUUGUAUAUUCAGCAAUUAUUUAAAUUUCAUUGUACUUAGAAACCUAAAUAUUAGAAUCUGCUGGCAAACUGGUGCUAUUAAAGAAAAUGGAAGGUUCACUUUGCAAAGAUUUUUAUAAGUUUAUGCAACUUGACAGAUUUUUACAGACACAAUUAAAACACAUAUGAAAGUAACUGAGGUUUAAGUAUGAUUAAAUAGAAUUUAAGCAUUUGACAAUGUACAUAUUGUUAUGAAUAUUGCUAGCUGUAAUGGAGACAAUAUUUCCUUUUAAACUGAAUGCAAGCUCAAAAAGGAAUAGGUUCUCAAAUAGGAAGAAGUUAAUAUUUUUAAAAAUCACAUUUGAAGUUUCAAAGAAUUAAUUUCAUUGGGUUUAUUUGUUGCUUUGAUACAGAGAUCUUCAUGAGGUUCAACAGAUUUACUAUGUUCUCUUACAAUCCUGAGAUUUUCAAGUACAUUAAUAUAUUUUACAGUAGAUUUUUUCCUAUAAGAAUAUUUGACAUAAAUGAAGUUAAUUUUUAAUCAGCUGACACAUCAUUUUCAGUCUUUUCUAAAAAUUGUAUGAUAGCAAGUCAGAGUGGGCAUAGAAAAUAGCACAAAAUUAAUUGUCUGGUUUGGCCAUUCCAUACCAAUAACCAAAAUAAGGGUUUCAGUUAAAUUUUUAUUCUCAUCACUGCUCAUAUACUUAGAAUAAAUUAUAUAAAAUAAAAUUUUCCUUGUGGAUGUUAAUUGUAAUAUUUCCUGAGUUUCCAUAGAUGACAGGCUGUGACAGGAGAUAUCCAGAACUGCUUUUUUGAAAUUGUUCUGAUUUGAGAUGGUUGCAAGGAAAAACAGAAAAUACAUGGGAAAAUAAGUGUUAUGACUUCUUACCAAAGAAUGAUACAUGCUAACCUUUUAUUUCUUUGAAAAUCAUCAUUAUAGAAAUGUAGAGAAAUUUAUGAAAGGAGGUGAAAAAUGUGGCAAGAAAUCAACAAAAAUAAACCAUUCUGUAAUCUUUAAAAAGAUUAGGAGAAAUUGGCAAACACUUAAGCACACAGCAGUGGGCCAUGUUGAGCACAAAACACUUUCCCAUAGUAUUCAACUUCUUCUUCUCCUUCAUCAGAAACUGGAAACAAUGUCAUGUGUUCAGUUUGAUUCACAGCUCUACAUUACUCUGUACAAAGCAUGAUGGGCUCAUUUUCCCUAACUUGGCUGGAAGAACCAAGAACCAGUCUGCCUAACACUCAUUAUGCAGUAUAAAAAAACAGUAAUUUGCACAAUGUACCACCAGUGUUAUCACACAACUUUGUGGAACUCACUGCAGCCAGGUAUUGUCAAAAGUAUGAUUUAGAAUGUUUCACAGCUCAUUGAAUUCUGGGCAAUAUCUUCCUUUAUGAUCCAUAAAAAUACAUACAGAGGAGCUCAACCUUUUUUUCUUCUAAUUUCAAAAUAUUCUGACAGAGUUCUGUAGGGAGGUUCCUCCCAAUCUACUGUUGUUGGGUAAAUUAUAGACAUUUCAAAGAAAAUAAUAAAUAUCUGCUUAAGACAGGUUUAUUUCAGAGGGAAAAAAAAGAGAUAAAUUUUAAUACAUGCAAAUAUUUCUAACAUAUACAAAUACACAUAUAAACAUCAGCACAAACAGAAAAGUAUUGAAAAAAAGAAAGAUACUGUGCUUUUCUUUAUAUCUUAGUAUGAUAAACUAUUGAUCACUUAAAUAUUUUUUUUUAUUUACUGGUUAAUGCUACAAAUUAAUUGCUUAGUGUAACAAUCUAAUUGAAUAAACUGUUAAGACAGGUGUUAAAUACCCUUUGGAACCACUGAGAUGCUUUUUUUCUAAAACUGCAAAGUUGUCUUUAUAAGUAAGCAUAAGAUUAGAAGAAAUAUGUCAGCCAUGGCAGUAAUUAAUAUUAAUUAUUUUAUCUAGCUAUACAGGCUAACAAUGUGGAUAGUGUGGAAAUAAUCUUUUGAAACUUGUGUUAGAUAGCUUUGUGCAUUUCCUUUAGUAUUUCUACGUUUAGCUCAAACAUUAUAUCCUAAGUUAUAUGUAGAGAUAUAUAACUGUAAGACUAUAGCACAGAUAGUAAGGUAAAUCUACAGUUUAAUGAAUCAGGCUUAACCAGGGCCAAGAAAUUAGUCAGAGCAGUGGCAGUAGUCAGUCCUGUGGCAUGGUGGCAGCCUGCCCCAGUAGUAUCUGAGCACACACAGCUGAGGCUAUCUCAGUAUUCCUGAGGCUUCCCUGCUUUAAAGGACACGUUGGCAAACUCAUCACUCGGUUAUCCUGUGGUUCCCAUGGCUCAUCCUCUUCUCAUAACUCUCAAUGCAUUGACUUGAAAAGAGCAGCAACAAAAAAGGUAUGAACAAAAGCAGAGACAAGGAACCUCUUGGUGGAAGAGAGUCCUACCAAGCCCUGCAGGCUCUUCUUCAUCCUAGAAAUAUGAGCUGUUGCUGUGCAGGAGCCCACCUUCAAAGGGCAGGGGAGAGAGCAUGCUUACCUGUCUUAAUGCAGGCUGGGAGAGAACUGGGAGGGGUCUCCCAUUACCUGAGUGAUUUGGCAGGUAUGACACUGGAUGAACCAGCAUUUCAUGUGGCAGUGAAAAGCCUGGUCCAGUUUAAUGUUUGGAAGCUGUGGGUCUCUAGCCUCUCUAUCUUUUGCCUGAGAUAUCACAGGAGCAGUGGUCACCCUGAGCCCACACAUACCCUGACACCACAUCUCAGCAAGACACAGCUGUGACAGUAUGUCUUAUCCCUAGCCCAACACGGUUCUCCAGGAAUGUGUGUGUUUUGGAAAUGUCUUUUAUGUUGUCUUGCUUACACCUUGAACAAUACAGUCUGAGAACUUGGCAGGCAGCUUCUACUCCUAGGGUCUGCAGCCUAAAAGAACAUUUUAGCACCUAUCUUGUAGACAGAAAAGCUGGUUUUGGAAGUAGCCCUUAGUGUAAGACUUACAAAGCUGUUCAGAGGAUUAACUCCUAUUGAGCAUCUCAGCUUUGAAGGAAAUUGCACUAGGGAGUACUCACUGAGGCAGAGCUUCAGCUACUGUAAAUAAAUACCAUUGAUUUGGGCUUUCACAGAGCUCCAUAACAGAAUAUAUUUAAAGGAGCAUGAUGAACAUAUUUAAAAGUAAAUUUGAAAAAUCAGAGUCCUUGUGCCCUGACAUCUCUAUAAAUACAAAAAUAAUAAUCAUCCUCUGAGGACCUCCUUAAAAAAAAAAAAAAACCACACAAAAAAGCACACACACAAACAAACAAAACCAAAAAAACCCCACCCCUAGAAAUGAAACUGCUAGUGAGAUCAAUCCUCUGAACAAUCCUUUGAAUAUUAAAUCUUUCCUUUUUCUGAAGUAAGCUUCUUAUUUGGAACCCUCAGGAGUAAACUAGCAAAUGCUGGUAGCAGCUAUAUUUCAAGUGUUCUGCCCGCUGUGUUUCCUUGGUCCUCUCCUCCCAUCCCCUAGUCCUGCAAUAAGACCUGGAGAGGAGGCAGGUGGUUAAAUUGCGCAGUAUAGUUAGAACAAGUUCUUUCUGAGCAUGCCUAACAGAGAAGGUGGCUGGGAAUUUAGGUCAGCUGGGGGUCAUAAAGAGGGUUAAUUGCUGAACUAGCCUGCCAGAAGUAGGGGUGUGGAAGAGUCCAGCUGCUUGUGUUCCUUGGUGGGCCCAGCCCUUAGAAUAGCCUGUUUCCUCACUGAAACGUUGUUUUACCCCAAGACACACAGCCAAGGGAGAGGAGACUAGCAAAAGGAGCAGUAUCAUGAACAUAUUACAGUCAGAGAAGUUCUUUAAGGUAAUGUAUACGAAAUGAAUAAAGAAAACAACUUUCCCCUUCCUUCACAGACUGGGAGUUUUCGUCCUGUUGAUCUGAACUCUGGUGACUGCCUUUCCUACAUUCAGAAGUCUUUUUCAAAGAGAUGUGAGCUUACACCCUUUAAAGACUUAGUUGUACUAUUGAUCAUUGAAUAUUCCUUUGAACAUUGAAUUAAAACAUUUCCCUUUUUGACCCAAUGAAAAGGAUUCUUUUUAUUAUUAUGGAAAAGGUUUUACUUUUCUUUAAUCUCAUAUAUUCAUUUUCAAAUCACAUAGAUGGUAGUUAACCUAAAAUACCUUUCAAGGUAUUCAACACUCACUGUUUUAAUGACAAUAUAUUUUAUUACAUUUAUUUCUUUCCAGCACAGUUUCUAAGACCUUAAAAAAAUCCGCAGAACUGUUUUACAGUUUAGAUGGUUUGCUGAGCUGAUUGCUAUCCAUGAUUAUGUCAUGUUGCUUCACUGAUUCUUUUUUCCUCCCUCUUAACUAUUUGAGUGAGUGGUACAGCAUGAAAUAGCAUAGUAACUGUUCAACAUUAAAAUUUCCAAAUUACAGUCGAUGGAGUUUAUUCAAAAGAAAUUUUAAAAAUUCCAAAAGGAAAGGACAAAUCUGUAGGAAAUGUUGAAACUAAGCAGCAAUAAACAAUGGUUUGUUUACAAUGGAAAGUCUAUUUAUAUAAUCCAAACAGCAAAUAUUGGGUCCCAACCUGCCGGACUCAUAAAAUAUUUAAAGACUUCUAAUAUUGCAUUUCAAAUUGAGCUUUUGGAAGUUUCUCUUGUGUGUAGCUUACUAGUUUUUAAACCAAUAAGAAUAUUGAUAAGUUUGGGGUUGUUUUCUUUUUGGUUUUGUCACUUGUUCAGCUGCUGUUCACUGAUAUUACUAUGGUACAAAAAUGAAGCUGUUGUUUUGUGAUUUUUUUUUGAAAAAAAAAUAUAACAUAUUGUUCUUAUUAUACUAUGUGUUAUGUGAUUUUCCCUGUGGAUUAUCCUGGUAGAACUAGUAUGUUUACAGAAUUUGAAUUAAAACAGAUUACAUACCUGCAAAGGAGUGCACCAUAGAUUUUGUUUUGUCUUCAAAUCUCAAAAAUAAGCAAUUGUUUCAAAAAGACAAGCUGAAAGUACCAAGAGAAAAGAAAUAAGGGCAGUACCACAAAUAAUCAAAACAAUCUGGUAUUCCAGAUAUUUAACCUCAACUUCUUCCCUUUUCUUAUCAUUAGUAAAGCAGGGAUGUAUUCUGACGGUCUCUAAAAGCAGUAAAACAAUACCAUCUUCUCAGCUUAUGGAUGUUUGUGUAUUAGUAUCAGGACUCCAACUGAGACCUUCUGUGUAAUCAAAUCCAUUACAUUGUUAUUUUAUCAUUUUACUAUCAGGGGGAUCAUAAGAAAGGACCCAAUGCUACAAGGUUUAAUUUGUAAGGCUGUGCACAAUUUAGAAUUAUCUGCUAUGACAUUUGAUAACUCAGGAAAUAAACCAACUUGUUAGCAGUACAGUUCUGUGUAUCCUCAUCAAUUUCACAUUCGAGCAUUUGUAUAUCUGAAAACCUUCAGCAAGUGAAAUUUAAAAAAAACAUCCAUUGCAACAUGUCCUUGUUCAGGAGUACAGAAAACCAAAACAAGAUGUUUUUAAUGGUAUAUGACACUGUAAACAAUUUAAGUCUUCAGCAGAAGUUGAAAGGACACUUUAUUUUAGGAUUUUAGAUUUUUAGCUGAAGUGUAGGAUAACCACAUGAUGCUAUUAUUGCUCAAAUAGUGAAGAGAAGCCUUGUGUCCAUGUUAUUCUCAGAAGAAUCUAGGUUCCUAUUUUCCUGUGCACAUGAAAAUGCUUUCCACUGGAGAAGACUUUUCACUGUCAGGCUGUGAUGCUCUUCCUAGCCAGCCAAGCAGAACUGGUACCUGGUUUGUAGGCAGGCUCAUGAUGCCUCCACCACUAACCCUUUCAAAAAAAACCCAAACAAAAACCCCAAACACCAUAUCCAGCAACAUUUUUACGUAUGCUUCAAGAGAAAAGUGGAAUCAGGCAUAGGUGAGCCAGGCACAGAGUUUGCAAUACGCCAACAUAGAUGAUUAUCAGCUGUCAUGGUAACACCGUCAUUUACUGGGAUUCUGUCCUCAGUCAUUCAGCAGAUUUGUAAAAGGCCAAAAGAUGCAUAGAUCCUAAUUCUCAGGUCUGCCUUCUAGUUCUGUUUGUUUAAUGAUUUUUUUUUUUGUCUGUUUGUUCAAUUUCUCUGUGAUUUCUUCUGUAGGUUUCAGCAGAAUAUAUACGUAUGCACACAUAAAACUACAUAUGUAUGUGUAUUGUUUUGUAAAUGUUCUCAGUCAUGCUAUCUUCUGCUUUGCACCAUUUACUCAUAUACCUUCCAUGUUCUCAUUUAUUUUUUGCUCAAUUAAACCUUAUAAUAAAUUAUUAAAUAUAACCUGA